CGGGGCCGCCUCCUCCCCUCCCGUUCCCUCCCCUUCCCUCCUCUCUUUCGGGCCGUGUCAAGCGGCGGCCACCAACGUGGAGCGCGAGAGCCUCCUCCCGCCGGGAGUCGGGCGGGCUCGCGCGGGCCCGGCCGGCCGCAGCCGUUAAGCGGCCGCGCUCGCGCCCCUCGGGAGGCCGCAGCGCGGGGCUCACCUGUUGGCCCGGGCCGCAGCUGCCCCCUUCUUCCUCUCCCCGCCCCGCCGUCGGGAGCCGCCGCGCUCAGGGCCCGGCCGCCGCCAACCGGAGCUGCCGCCAUGGCGGAGACCGAGGAGAGGAGCCUCGACGACUUCUUCGCCAAGCGGGACAAGAAGAAGCGGAAGGAGAAGAGCAGCCGAGGGGCCGCCGCCGCCUCCGGCGCCUCCAGCGCCGCCUCAAACGCCGCGGGGGCGGCCGCGUCGGCUGGGGGAACCCGCCAGGCUGACGGCAGCGGCUCCGGGGCCGCCGCUUCCAACACCGGCUCCGCCAAGACGGUAACCAAGGAAGAGGAUGAUUGGAAGGAGUUUGAGCAAAAGGAAGAAGUUGAUUAUAGUGGUCUUAGAGUUCAGUCCAUGCAAAUAAGUGAAAAAGAAGAUGAGGAAAGUGAAAAAAGAGAAGAACCUGGUGACAACUGGGAGGAGACUGGUGGUGGCAUAGACAGAUCAUCUGGUCCUUGGAACAAGUCAGCUCCUGCACCAGCACCUGUUGUUGAACCAAUUGUUACAGAAACCCCAGAGCCAGUUCAUACUGGUGGUGUAUACAGGCCGCCUGGUGCCAGGGAGGGUGGCAGGCCACGGAGAGCACAGCAAGGACCACCAGAAAUCUAUAGUGAUACGCAGUUUCCAUCGCUGCAGUCCACCGCCAAGCUUGUAGACAGUCGAAACUUAACAUCUUAUUCGCUUUCUUGACUGCAACUACACAUUGAGCAGAUGUCUUCAUCGAGCUGUCCAUGGUGAUGCCUAGAUCGUCCCCUUGAAAGCUCACAACUAAUUCAGAAUCCACGAGAGCAUGUAUGAGUGGUUUAAAACCUUUCCAGUAUUCAUUGCCUUGGGUUUAUUUUCUGUUGCCAUUCACUUGCCACUGAAUUGCCAAGUUCACAGAGUUAGUUAGCUUACCCUGCCAAUCACCAUCUUUCCUCAUGCUGACAAACUGGGUAACUUCUGUGGGCACUGGCUUUCGCCAUCCGAUGUACUGAAAUCUUCAGUUUCAUGUAUAUUAUUCACUCUUUUUACCAAUGAUGAGCUUGGCAUGCUCUUACUAACUUUUACUCAAUCUGACCUUCCCUGUUCUGUUUCUUUCUAGCUCAGUUAUAGCAUUGAAGUCAUCCAGUUAUAAAUGUCCGCUCUAUUUCAAAUCCUUUGCCUACAGAAAACAACUUAUUCUGCAUCUCUUUUGGAGUAUGUAUAAUCAUAACAAUGAUUCAAACCAUAAAAACAGGCUGGUACAAGAGAACAAAUUCAUUGAAAAACAGGUAAACAUAAGUGAAUCUGAUCUCCUAGAGCUUAACUUCCUUGGUUUCAGUGGAGUUAUUUCUGUCACCUGAGACCAGUUUCAUUAAAACCUGAGAUCUUCUCGCUUGCAGUCUAGAUACAACAGCCAAAAUCAAGAGCAAGUGAACAAGCCCCAUCGCAAACUUGUUUUAAAUUUCUGGGUUACUCUGCUCUUUGUGGCAGAGAUGAAGCAGAUGUGUAUUACUUGGUCUCUGACCAGCAACCAGAUGGGCUCAGCCAUGCUUAGUCUAACAUACCUGUUGUAAUAUUGAACGGGACAUUGAAAUUAGGUUACAAUAUUUGAGAUGAAGAUGGGUGCAGCAACACUGGGGGGCAGGCUUAGUCUUUCUGGUUUGUUUCAUCUCUCCACAUUCUCACCUUGUACUUUAUAAAGCUCAUAGAUCUGUAAAUCAGGUUAAAUCUUUUAAGUGCUGAUUACAUUUACCAGUAAUGCAACGUUUAUAAAUACAAAGGAGGUGUGAUAAGGGAAGACUCAAGCCUGUUAGGAUGUAUAGCCUAUCACUUAAGAGCUGCAUUGUCUCUAUGAGAAUGCUAUAUCAUAUAGAACAGCUGCUUUCCAGUACUAAUGAUAUAUGGUUGAGAAGAACAGGAUCUUGCAUCCAAAUAAAUUGUGUCUGUUAGGUGCUGUAUUAGAGCAGUUACUAGUAUUCUGUCAAAAACAUUGUGGCUGCUGGGGUUUUACCAAGUUAGCAAAUAAGAGCAGAGGUUUUCUGUUAAUUUUGAGGGGGAGAGGGAAAUAGAACAGAUGCAGCAAUAUCUGAUAGUUGUUCAAAUGUGGUACUUUGUACCCUCUCCCACACACCUAAAGACUCAUUGUUGCUACUGUGCUCCUCAAAGCCCUGUCUUGCUACUUUAAAUCCUUACUGUGUUAUUUACUAACCACCCAGUAGCCUUCAGGACUGACUCGUUCUCUGACUGCACACUGUGUCUUUAAUCUGGGAAUUAGGUAAAAGGCAAACUGGCUUUGUAAACUGGCAUGACAAUGUUUUCUAGAUAAUUGGCUCUGCUCAUUUUUUUUCUGUAACUUGAAGCCUGUCAAAAAUCUUUUGAUUUGACCUUUCUUUACCCUACAGUAUUCCCUUCUUUUGUUCAUCUACAUUAUUUCCAUGCCAAGGAUUUUUAGGUGCCUGAAUUAUUUACCACUUAUUUAGAAAGCAGCUCCAUAAGCAAGACCAACUGAGUCUCAAUCAUGCUCUGUUUCUUUAGUCUGGGCUCUGGCAUCACAAACAUGGCUCCAUCUGUUGCAAAAUUGUUUAGCAAAUAAAUACAAUCUCCUUGAAGAAUUUAAACCUAUACCCUCAAAGGCUACACGGGAGCCUAAUUCCCACAGCAUACAGCAAAAUGAAAGCAGUAGCACUGGUCAAAGUACAAACACAAUUCAGCUAUGACAAGGAGCGGGGUUGCAUGACUGGUAACAUGCUAGCUCAAACAAAACUGUCUUAACUGUCACCUGGGCAGCAGGGUCUAGCCUAAAGCAUUUCUGUUUUUUUAAUGAAGAGAUGACUGAGUGAAGAAUACUAAGAGGAUAUAUCUGUAAAAGAAAACAACAUGAAACUGAAUUUGCUUUCACCAAUGCAUCAGAAUGUCUCGCCAUCAGACUUAACCUGAAGAAAUUAAGAUAAACCCAUUUGAGUGUUUACUGUAGUACAAAAGAAAGAAUGAUGUGGUCUGGCUGGGAAAAUGGUUGGCUGGGAGCCCACUGAGCACAGCAGAAACUGCUGCAGCAAAGUAGAGUACAAUAUGAUCCAUUUCUGAGAUUCCCUGUGUGACCCCUACAGUUAGCAUAGAAACCUAAUGAUGCCUGUAUAUUUAUAUGAUUAUAUGUUUAUAGUUGUAAUUUAAGUUCAAAACACAAACUUUUUUUUUUAUUUUUAGGUUUGUUUUUUUUUGUUUUUUUUUUUACCCUGGUUUACCUAUCUUAGCUUCUGUAUAUGACAACUUCUAACAGUGCAGUGCACACACCUGUUGUCCUUUUGUCCCAGGUUGGAGUAAUGGUAUCAAACUCUGUAAAGCACUUCUGUGAUGUUUCCUGUGAAGAAAGCUGAAGAAAAUAAAUUUAACAUCACCAACUGAA